CUGAACAUAGAAAAUGCAGCUUUCUUUCAACUUUCAACGCGCUUGAAUUUUUCUCCCAUAAUAAGUACUGGUGUUAAUGUCUGAUGUUUGCGUCCACCUGCAUCACAUGAAGUAAAUGCCAUAACAUGUCCCAGCAAUGUAUUUGUACUUCUAAACACCACUCGUACGUUCAUCAAAAAAAUAAACACCACUCCUACCAAAAUAUCUCUGAAAAGAAGUACCACUAGUCUACUACUUCACUCUCUGAUAUCCCAUUAUGAUCAUGGCUGUCAAGUUGGGGUCUUCACCACUACCACCACCAUUAAUGGGGAUGACCGUGGCAAAGAAACGUGGAAGCGUAAGGGUACUUUUGGGUGGUAAUAAAACUGGUGCUGACACUGGUUCUGCUGGUGGGUUUCCCUCAUUUCUUCCUAAGGAGGUUGAGAAAAUCAAAGACCCAUUUGCUCGUUCUUUGGCUCAGCGAAUAGAGAGACUCCCUGUAAAAGUUGGGUUCUCUGAGAGUUGUAUAAUGAGUAGUUGUGUGAAGCCGCUUAUACAGAGUGACAUCAAUCCAGUGGUUCUCCUCCAUUGCUUUGACAGUUCAUGUUUAGAAUGGAGGUGCACAUACCCCUUGCUUGAAGCGGCUGGUUUGGAGGCUUGGGCCAUUGAUGUUCUUGGGUGGGGCUUCUCUGAUUUAGAAAGGCUUCCACCAUGUAACGUGGCAUCCAAGCGUUACCACCUCUAUCAGCUUUGGAAGUCCUACAUCAAAAGACCAAUGAUACUGGUUGGACCAAGCCUUGGUGCUGCUGUUGCAAUUGACUUUGCAGAGAAUCAUCCAGAAGCUGUAGAAAAGCUGGUUUUAAUUAAUGCAAGUGUAUAUGCAGAAGGCACAGGAAACCUAUCCAGGUUACCUAGAAUGUUAGCAUACGCUGGGGUUUCUUUAUUGAAAAGCUUCCCAUUACGCCUUUAUGCAAAUAUAUUGGCCUUCAAUGGCAUUUCCUUAGCCACAAGCUUGGAUUGGACAAAUGUGGGACGCUUACACUGUCUGCUUCCUUGGUGGGAAGAUGCAACCGUCAAUUUUAUGAUUAGCGGGGGCUACAAUGUUAUUGCCCAAAUAAAACAGUUGAAGCAGAAAGCACUAAUCAUUUGCAGUGAGCGUGAUCAGAUAGUCAACUACAAGCAAGCAGUGAGGCUGCAGUUAGAACUUCAGGAUGCAAGUAUGCGGCUAAUACCAGAUUGUGGUCAUCUCCCUCAUGUGGACAAGCCUAGCUCUGUCGCAAGGUUUAUAGCUGAAUUUGCUCGAGGUGAUUGUAACCGAGGGACCUUUGCUGAUUUUGCUGAGACUUACAUCAGCUGAAAGUUACUGUUUUAUUUUAACUAGUGUGUAGCCCCAUACAUAUGCAUAAGUACAAUUAAAAAUAAUCACAAUUAUAUAGUUUACAUUAUACUUUUUUUUUAAAGAAGAAGUUCAAAUUAUACAUUGUAUUAGCUUAUUUUCAACAAUACAUUUUAAAAAUAUGUAAUGGUUUCUUAUUUUAUAUA